UGUUCGCAGGUUUCCUGGUCAGUCCGUCUGAUGCUGGGAUUGGAGUCGCGUCUCUGUGGAUAAUCUCAUCUAGCUAUUCUUCUGAUUACAUCGAUAUGAAGGCGCUAAUAGGGCUUCUGCUGUUGGUCUUUGGUCACGAUGUGUCCUCAGUGAUUCACUCUCUGCAGGUUUUCUACACGGGGUCAUCUGGACUCUCAACCUUCCCAGAGUUUGUGAAUGUUGUGAUGGUGGAUGAGGUUCAGGUUGAGUACUAUGACAGCAACACCCAGAGAAUCAUAACCAAACAGGACUGGGCGGACCAGGAUUACAGAGAAGUCCCAGACUUCCUGGUGAGGGAAACUGAAAACAGAAAGGGUCAACAGCAGGUCCUCAAAGGCAACAUUGGCACUCUGAAGAAGCGCUUUAACCAGACAGGAGGUGCCCACAUUUUUCAGAGCAUGACUGGUUGUGAGUGGGAUGAUGAGGAUGGUACUACUGAGGGUUAUCAGCAGCAUGGUUAUGAUGGAGAGGACUUCAUAUCGUUGGACCUGAAGACCCUGACCUGGGUCGCUCCAGUACAUCAGGCUUUCGCCAGCAAACUGAGAUUGGAUCAGAAUACAGCUUAUAAUCAAUACUUGAAGAACUACUACACCAAGGUGUGUGUUGAUGAGCUGAAGAAGCUUGUGGUCUACGGGAAGAGCACUCUGCAGAGAACAGAGCGUCCGCGGGUGUCUCUGCUCCAGAGGAGCCCCUCCUCCCCAGUGGUGUGCCAUGCUACAGGCUUCUUCCCUAACAGGGUGGUGGUGUUCUGGAGGAGAGACGGCCAGGAGCUCCAUGAGCAGGUGGACCCCGGGGAGGUCCUCCCCAACCACGACGGGACCUUCCAGGUCAGCGUGGACCUGGACCUCACGGCCGUCCCACAGGAGGACUGGGGGAGGUACGAGUGUGUGGUCCAGCUGAAAGGCAUCGAGGACAUCUUCACCCCCCUGGACCCCGCCCUCAUCAGGACAAACUGGGGGGACAAUCACAUCCUUGCUUUCAUCCUCACUGGAGUUGCUGUUGUUGCUGCUGUUGCUGUUGUUGUUGGAGUCUUUCUGUACCGGAAGAGGAACGAUUCAGACAAGCGUCACAAACCAGUUGGUUCUGACACCAGCUCUGAGAACACUGAGGGGCAGAAUCCGUCUCCUGAGGCCCAACCUCUGACCACAGUUCAAAGUUAAAUCAUGAAGAGGCUUCUCACGUUCACCUUCAGACACGUGCCGUCCAUAUGGGCAGGUGGGGCGGCGAACUACUUUCAAAAGCAUCCUCCCAAAAAAAUUGUUCUUCAGUAAAUCAUGGCUCCAAGUCUAUGUUUAAUAAUGUGAAUUUCACACAAACUAUCUAUAGCUUCUGUAGGCUUUCCGACUAUUUUUGGUCUGUUGACAUUACAUCGUGGAUGAUGGUGGCGAUUCUAGUUAAGUUUGACAUGUCAUGCAAUGUGGGGCAGGAUAGCUCAGUGACUGCGUUCCUCCGUAUGUUUAUAGCAUAACCCUGCAGGCUGCAAUAAGUAUUUUGUAAUCCGCGCUAAAAGACGCCAAUAGGGGCGUAAAGUAGUCUGCCCCAUUGUCAUAUUCUAGAACUGUUGUUGUUUUAACUCAAAUUAUUCCGCGCGUAUCUUUCGUCGUUUCUAUUUCAGAUGCGAGUGGUGUUGCACCUGGGAUUAACAGUGUUGAGUUUCCGCUAAAAAAAAAAACCUUUAAGAGGUUAAUAUUGGAAGAGAAGUUAAAAAUCAAACAAUUUGGCCCAGACAGACCGGACAUAAAAAUUAUCCAAAAAACGAAGGAUAGGGGGAAAACUUACAACCUAACUUUCUCCCGAGCAUGGUAUGAAAAUAAUGUGGUUGCACAAAGAGAAACGCUGUGUUUUGUUUUCAAUGUCCACUUUUUCGAGCAAGUGUGUGAACAGGACAAGGGGAUAUAUAGACCACGAAUGUGAAGCGCAUAUAUAUAUAUAUAUAUAUAUAUAUAUA